AUUCGCCGAUGAAACGUCAGGCACGAUUUCGUUCUCAUUUUUGCAAAAAAGUCGCAAGUUCGCGUUGAGCACUUCGGAGAAGGUUUUACGGACUUUUUUCGUCGCUAAAAAUGUCGUACAUCGCACGCAAGGGACCCGCCGUCUACUCUGCCCUUGGCAAAUGGGCCUACAACAUGGCCGGUUUCAACCAGUACGGUCUCCACCGUGACGACUGUCUGUACGAGAACGACGACGUAAAGGAAGCGAUCCGUCGCCUGCCGGAAAAGCUGAAGGAUGAGCGCAAUUUCCGCAUCACGCGCGCCCUCCACCUCUCGAUGACGAAAACCAUCCUGCCGAAGGAACAGUGGACAAAGUACGAGGAAGACACCAAGUACCUGGAGCCGUACCUGCAGGAGGUGGUACAAGAGCGCGAGGAAAAGGUGAAAUGGGAAUCGAACAAGUAAACUUGGUUGCGCUGUGCGGGGAUUCGACGAAUACGCA